AUGAUGACUGCUAAGCCAAAGGGAAGAUGCAUCGAGAAGGGGGAUGGAGAAAUCAUCUACGACUUCUACUCUGAUCUCUUCAACAGCUAUGUCCACUUGCCUCCUCACCAUCUGAAGGAAGAUGGACAAGUCAUUUCAGAGGUUCUCCCGUCCGAAAUACGACAUGCUACCAUGUCGGUAAGAAACGGCACCCGGUCCCGACAGAAUAAGACCAGAACACCUGAAGAGCCUUCCGCCAGUACUCAUCAACACCCUGGAGAGGCUCUUUACACGAUAUCUGUCGGAAUGCAAGGUUCCUAA